AUGGUGUGGGAUGUGCAUCGGGAAAAUAAAAGUUCUGUACAAUGUAAAUGCAAACGGGUUGCCGAGCUUGAAGCUAAGAAUAUGAGAUUGAGACAGGUUAUGGAAGAGAAUUCCAAGCUGAAAUGCAGAAUCGAGGAGUUAGGAAAAAAUAGAAUGGAUACUACCAAUCUUGUGGCCGAGGAUUCCGAGCAGAGUUGCAAAGAAAUAGGAAAAUUUGAGAAAUAUCACAAGAUGAUGAUUCUUCCAAUGACGGUUUAUCCAAUUCCAACUCUAAAUUAUUGGAGGAUACAAAUUCCCGAAUUCUCUUUAAGAAUGAUUCUGACAGGAUCUAAUAAAGUUACAGCGCAAAUUAUAGUUGAUUUAUUUCAUAUAGCAAUGCAAAAGAGAUUUUAUGCUGAACAAUUACUUCUCCCUGAUAUUACUAAUGUAAAUUUGCGCCAGAGAACAUUUAGAGCUAAAAAAAUUUAUGCAUUAUUUAUGGGAAUAGGGAUGGAUAGAAUUAGUAGAAUUAGACAAUUAACUUAUAGUACAAGUGUUAUUUUAAGUCUAACAGAAAACCAAAUACAAAAUAUUAUACAAAUUAUAAUGUGCACAUGA